AUGCCUUUACGUCUUCGACAUAUACUCGAUCGAUUACCAUUACCAUCCCUUCGAUAUUACACAUUGAUUAGUACAUCUUUAUUUUUUGGUAAUAUAUUGUAUUUUCAUCAUUUAAUUCAAACAAAUGUUGAAAAUUCUACGAAUGAAACAAUUCUAAAUGGAUCAAUAUUUAUUUCUGAUGCAGAACCAUUUACAUUUGCAUAUAUUCAAACACUUUUAUCAAUAAUUAUAUCUCAAUCAUUAUCCUUGCUAAUAUUUGUUAAUGCAAUUUAUUGUUCAUUUGGAUUAUUUGGUAAAUAUUUACAAGAAUCUAUAUUUGGUGAAUUACGUCUUGUUGAAUUACAACGUAUAAAAGAUAAAUUUUGGAAUUAUGUAUUUUACAAAUUCUGUUUUUUAUUCGGUGUACUCGGCUUGGAAAAUUUGAAUGAACUUGUUCUUUGGAUAUCUUGGUUUUCAAUUUUAGCAUUUGCAUUACUCUUUUGUCAAUUAUCUAAAGAUCGAUUUGAAUUAUUAUCAGUUUCAGCUUCAAUUCGUCGUCAACCACUUCUUAAAAUUCUUUGUUUACUGAUUUCCUUACUUAUUUUAUGUUGUAUUUUACUCACGAUUUGCUUUCUUAUUGGUUUAAAAUAUGGUGGUUUAUCAAUAUUUUUCUUUAUGUUAGCUGAAACGACUUUAUUAACAUUGGAUACAUGUUAUCUUUUAUUUAAAUAUAUAUUUCAAUAUUAUAUCUAUAAACAACAACAAGAACAAAAUCCAUUAACAACAUCAAAUGAAAAUCGUUCAUAUAUUAUUUAUUAUAUUGAAUUUAUCUAUCAUAUGAUUAUAUUAAUUAUUGAUAUCAUACAUCAUUUACAAAUGUUAUUUUAUCAUCAAACAUUUAUGUCAAUGGCAUCAUUAAUAUUUUUUAUGCAAUUAAAACCAUUAUUCAAUGAAUUAACUCAACGUUUAAAAAGACAUAAAUCAUAUCGUAGUGCAAUGAUACGAAUGGAAAAAAAAUACCCACUUUUAACAAAAUAUGAUUUAGAACAAAAAUAUAUUAAACAAAAUUAUAUAUCAAGUUUAGAAGAAGUUUGUUCUAUUUGUUGGGAAAAAUUUGAAAAAGCAAGAUGUUUACCAUGUGGUCAUUUAUUUCAUCAAAAUUGUCUUCGAAGUUGGCUUGAACAAGAUACAACAUGUCCAAUAUGUCGUUUAUCUUUACAAGAAGAUGCAGUUCAACAAACACCUGUUCCUCCAGUUCCUACUCCUCCAACACAACCAACACCUAAUUUUCUUCUUUGGCCAUCAUUAACUCUUGCACGUUUUGCAAGAAAUGUUCACGGUUUGAAUGAUCCUACUAAUCCACGUCCACCACGUAAUCAUUUAUUUCGUUUUGAUGGUAAUCGUUAUUCAUCAUGGUUACCAAGUUUCUCAAUUGAAAUAAAUCAUAAUUUUCCAUUUCGUUUUGGUCGUGCUCGUCUAACCGGUGUACAAUUAACAAGUAUGGCUCAAAGUGUUCAACAAGUAUUUCCACAAAUUCCAUAUGAAAUCAUUCUUACCGAUCUUCAACGAACACAAUCAAUUGAUGCAACUAUUGAAAAUAUUAUUGAUCAUCGUAUUCAUAUUGAACCACAACAAGUUCAUCAUCAUCAUCCUGAAACAUCAGCCUCUGAAGAAUCAUCAUAUACAUCAACAUCAGCAUCAUCAUCGGAAGCAGGUGAACCAAUUGAUACAGAUUUAUUAUCUGAAAUACCUCGAAUGACACAAAAUGAUGAUUUAAUUGAUACUGAUGAUAUCGAGAAUUUUACAUGGCCAUUAGAUCCACAACUACCAUUAGCUAAUAGAAAACAAUUAUUAAUCUCGCAUAUGCGACGACGAUUUCUUGAACGUGAACGUCGUCUUCAAUUAUCGUGCCAGAAAUCAGAUUUACUAUCUGAAAGUUAA